UAACUACUAAUCUCAAAGUUUUCCCUAAAUUUUAAAAUUUUCAAAAAAAUAAAACACAAAACCACCGAAGUUGUCUAUCUUACGUUUGACUCGAAGGAAGGUGUUCCCUAAUGAUGAUCGUUGUUACGCACACAAUACAAUCGAAGGAGAAAAGCAACCAUUAAGCAAUCAAUUCAAUGUCAUCAUCAUCGUCAUCAUCAUCAUCGCCAACUCCCAUUCUUUGCGCUUCUUUCAACCAAGACAAUAGUUGCUUUGCAAUUGGAACCAAAGAUGGUUUCAGAAUAUUUGAUACCAAUACAGGAAAACUCUGUUAUGAAAGAGCUGUUGGUGCGUUCUCUAUUGUUGAGAUGCUGUUUACUUCAAGUCUUCUGGCUAUUGUUGGUGCUGGUGAUCAGCCAUCUUUGUCGCCUCGCCGUCUCUGUUUAUUCAACACUACUACUGGAGCUCCUCUUAGAGAAUUGAACUUUCUUACUUCAAUAUUAGCUAUUCGCAUGAAUCGAAAAAGACUCAUUGUCAUUUUACAAGACAAAGCAUAUGUGUAUGACAUAAAUAGCCUUUUAAUCUUGGACAAUUUCGACACGGUGCCAAAUAGUAAAGGACUUUGUGCUUUUUCCCCUUGUUUGGAUGCUUGCUACAUGGCUCUUCCCGCUAGCACCACAAAAGGAUCUGCAUUGUUGUACAAUGCUAUGGAUUGUAAUUUACACUGUGAGAUUGACGCUCAUCGUUCACCACUGGCUGCAAUGGUGUUUUCUUCUAAUGGAAUGUACAUAGCUACUGCAUCCGAGCAAGGAACCUUAGUCAGAGUUCAUUUGGUGUCAGAUGCAACAAAGUCAUAUAGCUUCCGAAGGGGUUCAUAUUCAUCUACUAUAUUUUCUCUUUCGUUUGGGCCAUCAAAGCAGCUUCCCGAUAUUCUAGCAGCCACUAGUUCUUCUGGUUCUAUUCAUCUCUUCACUCUCGGGUUUGUUUCACAUCCAAGGAGCAAGAGGUCGAGUGGUUUUCUUGGAUCAAUAAUUCCUGAUGCUGUCAACGAUGUGCUAGAUCCUGCUUAUCAUCACGUUCUUCAUAAUGCCGUUCCUGCCGGAGUCAAAAGCUCCGCAGUCAUUUGCAAGGUUGAGAAUGUUACAGACACCUCAUCCUAUGAACUUUUGGCUUGUAGGGCGAGCAUGUGUGUGAUAAGUUAUAAUGGCUACUUUCAAGAAUAUAACUUGAGCAUUGAUGCUCAGAAAAUGUCUUGGUCUUUAGAGCGAGAGACCAAUCUUUUGACUGUGGCAUUGGAUAAAGUUCUAUGAAUAGAAAAAUACAUGGUGCCAACAUUUGGUUAAACUUUCCAAAGCUACUACCAUAACUUCUUCCAACAUGAAUGUGUUAGGUGGAGGAAAUCAUGAUCCUAGAUUAAUUAUUGGUAUGUAUAGAAAGGUGACAAUACAUUACUCUCCUAUAAUGUCAUAGGAGUAUUAGAUUUGGUAAUUAUCUAUACAACCUUGAAAGAGUUUAUAUAGAGAGUUUAUAUAGAGGCACAUUCCUCAUUUUACAAGCUCGUUUUAUAAGGAUGAGAUAGGUCAAACUCUAAUAUGGUAUGAAAGCCUAUCGAUCGGAUCAUAGGGUAUUCGGUGUUAAUAUCCAUGCACCAAACCCAAAAGAGUGUUGGGCGUAAGGGUUUCCAUAUUAAUUAGAGAUAGAGUCUUGAAAUAGAAUGACACCUCUCAUUUUAUAAGUCGGUUUUGUAAUGACGAGUUCAACCAAAUUUUAAUAAUUACAUCAAAAAUAUGUAUGAUGAUGAUCAUUUAUUAA